AUGAAACUGAUUGGGUUUUGCUGGGCCCUUCUUGCGGCGAGGGCCCAGGCUUUCGGGCCGAAUUUCUUUAGUCAAUGGACUCAAAGGUCUACUUCAGCAAAAAACUUCGCAGAGGCCAACACAGCGAAUGGCCUCCUCCCUACGGGUCUUAUCUGUCACGAUACUGUACCUAACAGUGGUUCACGAUUCAUGGUCGAGCGGAUCAUCAACGGGACCACUGCUGGAACAAACUGGCCGUUUAUCGUUAGAAUCAAGGUCGACAAGAUGUUUCUCUGCGGCGGAGCAAUUUUGAACGAGCAGUGGAUUGUGACUGCAGCGCAUUGCUUGAGAAACAUGAAUCACGUGGUUGUAACGCUCGGGGAUCGCUCAAAACUGUUCCAAGAAGAGGACGAGAUUCAAGUCACUCCAGAUCAUUUCUUCAUCCAUCCGGACUUCAACCCUACCAGUAUGGUCAACGACGUCGCUCUGAUAAAACUCAACAAAGCCGUCCCCUUCACCGAGAAAAUUCAACCUGUUUGUUUGGCGAAAACAGUUCCAGCUCCUGGAACAAGCUGUUUUGUCGCUGGCUGGGGAGCGACAAGCCAAGGGCAGCCAGCUGAUCCAGCGACGCUCGAGGAUGAAAUUAUCAUGCCCGAGCCAACUACGACGCCAAUGUUUACACCGCCGAAAAACGCGCCUCCAGCUACGAUGCCGCCGAUGAAAGGAGCUCUUUUUGCGCCGAACUUGCGCUGCAGUGCGAAUACGAUUGAUGAUCGAUACGGCUCUCGGCUUUAUAGAAGCAUGAUCACUGCAGGUCUCUUCGACCGGAUCAUUCUAGGGCAACAGGUCGACACUAACCACUGGAAGUGGAUUGCCAGUCUUCAGGGAAAUUGCGGAGUUACCUUGAUUGCUGAACGGUGGGCUUUGAGCGCGGCCCAUUGUUGCAGCCCAAGUGUGAUUGGCAAGCCGAUCACAUUCGGAACGACAAAAUUGGAUGGAAGCGGAAAAGACACGAAGACGGUGACAAUCGUUGAUUUCCAGAACCACGAGCAAUUUGGAAAUGUAGGAGGGCAUCGAGGAGCUUUUAUCAAUGAUAUUUGCUUGUUGCAGCUUUCUGAUAAUGUCAAGGCCAAUGCUAACAUCGGCCCCGCAUGUCUUCCGAGCAAAAGAAUCGACGAAAAUUUCCAAGGUGAAUGUUUCAUCGCUGGUUGGGGAACCCUCGCCGAAGGAGAAAUGAUCCAGCCCGACACCCUUAUGGAAGCCGCAGUUCCUCUCGUCAAUCAUGCGAAAUGCUCGAAGAUAUUCAAAGCGUCCGUUCUCAAGGAGCACGAAAUGAUGUGCUUUGGCGGAAAUCAAACUGACUCGUGCCAGGGAGACUCUGGUGGACCGCUGAUUUGCAUCGAAAAUGGAGAACCAGUGCUGCACGGAAUCACGAGUUUUGGAAAGGGAUGCGGCCGGGCUGGAUUUCCAGGAAUUUAUGUUCGGGUGUCGUCAUAUAUCGACUGGAUCGAUUCUACUAUCCAGCGUAUGCUUGCCAGAACAAGUUGUGGAGCAGUUCGAUCCGCAUACCAGGUUGUUGGUAAUGAUGUCAGAAUCGACUGCGCUGCAAAUAAGUGUACCUUCUCAUGUACCUCUGCUGGAACGUCACCAACAGUGAAGAAAGUCCGAUGCAUCAAUCCCCGAAAGCAAAGAUGGCUUCCUCCCUCGCCAAAAACCGGAGUCAUCAGAUGUGAGGAUCUGACGAAGAAGAAUGCUUGUGGACCGAUUUCCUCCCUUUUCCCCAGUAUCGAUCCUUUGGCAAGUGUCAGCUGCGACGGUGGAAAGUUCUGCGAGGUCAAGUGUCCGGAAGGAAGCGCUCCUAGCCACGAGAAGAUCACGUGUGUAAAAGUCGCGAUUCGAAAAACCUUCCCACCCGCUGGGACACCGAUCCAAUGCAUCAAGAACGCAAAACCAAAAGAAGAAUCAACUGAAAUCACGAAAGCGACGCAACAUCCUCGUGAUCAGCCGUUCACGAACGCUGAGAAGCCAAGAAUGGGCUGUCGAAAUAUUCGAAAGCAUCAAGCAUUCAGGCAGUUUUUCAAGAAAAAUCCCCACAUUGGGGUCGAUUGUCAGCCGAAAUGCUCGAACGGAAGAGCUUGCAAGCGUCCUGAUCAGUCUCACUGCUCAUUUUUCUGUCUAAACGGCGCGUCAACAAAUCCUCCCUUCAUCGCUCGCUGCGAGAAGAACAAGAAGACCCGUCAAUUCCAAUUUGUCAAUCGUCUCACCCAAUUCAAGCCCCGAUGUUAA